AGGAUCUGUGCUUUAAAAGGUUCAUCAGUGGAUCUGCCCUGUUCAGCUCAGCGUCCCACUUCAAGCAUGACGUGGUACACUGUUCACUCGGCGCACUCUUCACCUAUGCAUCCAUUUGUUCAGGAUUUACUCUUAAAUGGAAAUCAUACAAGGUACAACAUGUCUGAAGAGAAUAACUUCACUCUAACAAUCAAUGAUCUAAGAGUGAGCGAUGCAAAAUUUUACUGCUGCGGGAACAUAAGUGACAACCCAGGGCGCUGCUGGGUCUACAGAACCGAGCUCCGUGUUGUAGACCUGCAGGUGCAAGUGAUUCCCACCACAGAGGGACAGACAGUAUCACUGAUAUGCAGCACCAGCUGUGCUCUGACUGAAAACCCUGUAGUCUACAUCUGGUACAAGAACAGAAAGUUCCUCUAUGAGGACUGGUCUCCCUGGUACCAACAGCUGGUCAGCAGUGACGACGCAGUCACAUACUCCUGUGCUGUCAAAGGACAUGAGCACCUAAGAGCUCCAGAAGUCUCAGUGGAUUCUGUCACACCGGACUGCUUCACAGUGACCUAUGCUAAAGGCCGGAUGUGUCCUCACAAUCAGAUGUCGGUGAAUGAGUUCUGCUCCAUCACAUAUCCAACAGAGCUGCAUAUUCAAAGGACUCUUUUAGAUGCGGACUUUGUCAGACUGACCUGUACCCCCAGCUGUCCUCUGACUGACCCUCAGACUGCCUACAGAUGGUGCUGA